UUUAGUUUAAGCAAAAGUUCACCAUCAUCUUGUUCCUCCUCAAUUUCCCAAAUCAAUCAUCAUCUUCUCCAAUUACACCACAACCGAUCUCCACCACCAUGCAACACGGCGAUUACACCUCCACCACUCCAUACUACCCAAAUUACCCUCAAAACCCUAACCCUAAUCCCAUCCCCACCACCGAUCCCCACCACCCACCACCGCUAACAUACGCCUCCGCACCCCCCUUCUCCCCCACCCCCUCCUACCACCCUCCUCCGCCGUCCGAUUACUACCCUCCCUACCCCCAACACACCCCCGAUCCAUCGUUCACACAACCCCCACCAAACCCUAAUUUACAACCCUCAAGUUUCCCCCAAUUUGAGCAAUCGCACACUCCGUAUCAAUCUCAACCGGUUUAUGAUCCGAGUCAGACUCCGAGUCAGGGAUCGGGUCAGUAUCCGAGUCAGGCACUGAGUCAGGCACCGAGUCAGUAUCCGAGUCAGGGACCGAGUCAGUAUCCGAGUCAGGGACCGAGUCAGUAUCCGAGUCAGGGACCGAGUCAGUAUCCGAGUCAGGGACCGAGUCAGUAUCCGAGUCAGGGACCGAGUCAGUAUCCGAGUCAGGGAUAUGAGAGUUCUUAUGAGGGUGGUUAUGGUGGUAAUUACGGUCAGGCAGGGUCAGAUAUAGGGGGUGUGGAUUAUUAUGGGAAGCGGUCGGAUUCAGGGGUGUCUAGGUAUGAAUCAGGUGGGGGUGGGUAUGGUGAUGGGGUUUAUGCUUAUCAAGGGGGUAAGGUUGAGCCAUAUGGUGCUAGGGGUACUGGGUCAAAGUCUUCGACUUGGAAGGAACAGGUGGUGUUUGAUGAUUUUGGGCGGCCGAUUGGGUUGCCUGGUAGUAGUGGUAAGGACUCCGCUCCGAAGGUUGUGAAGGCGGUACCGAAGGCGGAGACGAGGGAGGAUGUUAAGGGUGGAGUGCAGAAGUUUAGGGUUAAGUUGUUGGCUGAAAGUGGUGGGCAGACUACCAUGGAUGUUCUUUGUCAGAUCGGAUUGGAUGGAAUCCGAAUGCUUGAUCCUUCCACCAGUCGGACUUUGAGAAUAUAUCCCCUGGACACAGUAACAAGAUGCGACAAAUAUGACUCGUCUACCUUCGCAUUUUGGUCCAAGAGUUCCGUAGACAUCGAGCCAAGGCGUAUAAGGCUGCAAUCCAACAGUUACACUACAAACACAUUGUUGGACACAGUAACAGCAGCAACCUUUCAGUUUAAGGAAAUGGGUGGGAGAAGCAGGCCUGUUGAAGCGGUUAAACUUACUGAGCAGUCAACUGAAAAGAAAAAAGGAUUGGGUGAUUGGAUGAACAUAAUCAAGCCGCCAAAUGAGGAAAAAGAUCAUUGGGUACCCGAUGAAGCUGUUACAAAGUGUACUGGUUGUGGAUCAGACUUUAGUGCUUUUAAUCGGAAGCAUCAUUGCCGGAACUGUGGGGAUAUUUUUUGUGAUAAGUGCACACAUGGAAGAAUUGCUCUUACAUCCGAGGAGAAUGCUCCUCAAGUUCGCGUUUGUGAUCGUUGCAUGGUAGAGGUUACUCAUCGGCUGAGCAGUGCGAAGGAAGCUGCUGCGAGCAGAUCAUCUGGAUUACAGAGUCAUGAAGAUCUUGCAAGGAAACUUCAGGAGGAGUUAGAAAGAAAUCACAAAUCAUCAUCAGGUUCCAAGUAUGAAGUGUCUAGCAGGCGGAUGAAAGAAGUUGCCUGUCCCACUUGUACUGUACAUUUGCAGGUUCAAGUUCCCAGCUCGGGAUCGGAGACCAUAGAAUGCGGAGUUUGCCAACAUCCAUUCCUUGUAAGUGCACGUUGACGGGCUUUGGGUUGUAUUGACCAUUUCGUUUUCCCGUUUAGAUGUUGGCGGGUUACAAGUCUAUUCGUUUUUACUCGUAUAUUCAUGUUUAAAUAACCCGGAUUUCUUUGGCUUGUCUGGUUUGGUUUCCCAAAAUAACUUUCUUUUGUAAAUGUACAAUUUUUUUCAUGGUGUAGUUCUUUUUAUCAAAACUAAAAUACCUAAAGAUUGGGAACAUUGUUGCUAUAGGUACUUGUACUAUAUGCGAUGUGAGUUAAUUGUUAGGG